AGUGUGAAGAUGCUUAAAGAGCGUCCAGGGAUGGCGGAAGAGCCUCAGCAGCAAAUGAGUGCUCCUGUGGUGAAGCUGGAGAAAGAGUUACCAUGGGGAAAGGGAAGGGAGGACUCGAGUCCUGAGACUUUCCGUCUGAGGUUUCGGCAGUUUCGCUACCAGGAGGCAGCUGGACCCCAGGAAGCUCUCAGGGAGCUCCAGGAACUCUGCCGCCUGUGGCUGAGGCCCGAGCUGCACACAAAGGAGCAGAUCCUGGAGCUACUGGUGCUGGAGCAAUUCCUGACCAUCCUACCCCGGGAGUUCUAUGCCUGGAUUCGGGAGCAUUGCCCAGAGAGCAGCAAGGCCUUGGUGGCCAUGAUGGAAGACAAGACAGAGCGAGCACUGGAGGCCAAGGCGGUUCCAUGCCACGUGCAGGGAGACCAGGACGAGGCAGCACUUUGCAGAGGCCCUUGGGAACCAGGUGUCCACCUGGGGCCAGUGGAGGUCAAGCCUGAGUGGGGAUUGCCUCAUGGGGAAGAAGUUCAAGGCCUAGAUCAAAGCACUGAGGAGCAACUCAGUCAGGACCCUGGAGAUGGGACGCAGGCCUUCCAGGAGCAGGCUCUGCCUCUUCUUCAGGCUGGUCCCGGCCUCCCCCCAGUGAACAGCAGAGACCAAGAGAUGGCAGCUGGGUUCCUCACCACUGGAUCCCAGGGGUUGGGGCCAUUUAAAGAUAUGGCUCUGGCCUUCCCUGAAGAGGAGUGGAGGCAUGUGACCCCGGCCCAGAUAGACUGCUUUGGAGAAUAUGUAGAACCAGAGGACUGUGGGGUCUCAUCUCCAGGCAUUGGGAGCAAGGAAAAGGAGGCCAAAAGCCAGCAGGAAGAUAUUAAAGGGUCGCUUGCUGGAUUGACGUCUGAGAGGUUUGAGGAAGCUGUUCUCCAGAGCCCUGAGCUUGGAAGGACCUGUGACCAGGAGCCCAGUAGCUCUGUGGGACACGUGCCGGAACUUCCCACUCCCCAGCAUGGCAUCAUACCCCUGCCUGAUGACCUCAAGACUCACAGCUCCUUCUGGAAGCCUUUUCAGUGCCCCGAGUGUGGGAAGGGCUUCAGUCGGAGCUCAAAUCUUGUCAGACACCAGCGAACCCAUGAAGAGGAGAAAUCAUAUGGCUGUGUGGAGUGUGGGAAAGGCUUUACUCUGAGAGAGUACCUUAUGAAACACCAGAGGACCCACUUAGGAAAGAGGCCUUAUGUCUGUAGCGAGUGUUGGAAAACCUUCAGCCAGAGACAUCAUCUUGAGGUCCACCAGAGAAGUCACACGGGUGAGAAACCCUACAAGUGCACCGACUGCUGGAAAAGCUUUAGUCGCAGACAGCAUCUUCAGGUGCAUCGGAGAACUCAUACUGGGGAAAAGCCGUACACCUGUGAGUGUGGCAAGAGCUUCAGCAGGAAUGCUAAUCUGGCCGUGCAUCGGCGAGCCCACACAGGGGAGAAACCUUAUGGGUGCCAGGUGUGUGGGAAACGUUUCAGUAAAGGGGAGCGGCUGGUCAGACACCAGAGGAUCCACACAGGAGAGAAGCCCUACCACUGUCCUGCCUGUGGGAGAAGCUUCAACCAGAGGUCCAUCCUCAACCGACACCAGAAAACUCAGCAUCGCCAAGAAACCCCAGGGGCGGUAAAGGCACCUUGCUGA